AUGGCCACAAAAAAGCUGCUGGAGUCGAUCAAAUCUAAUCUCCAACUCAUUAUGAAAAGUGGAAAGUACGUUCUGGGGUACAAGCAGACUCUGAAAACCAUCAGGCAAGGCAAAGCGAAACUGUUCAUCCUCACCAACAAUUGCCCAGCCUUGAGGAAAUCUGAAAUAGAAUACUAUGCUGUGUUGGCCAAAACUGGUUUCCAUGAUUGCAGUGGCAAUAAUAUUGAAUUGGGCACAGUGUGUGGAAAACAGUACAGAGUGUGCACAUUGGCUAUCAUUGAUCCAGGUGAUUCUGAUAUCAUAAGAAGCAUGUCAGAACAGAGUAGCAAAAAAUAA